CCUCCUUCGUCGGCCAUGGCGGACACAGUCACUCCGGCGAGCUCUGACAGUUAUCUUCUUCCAAACUUCGUCCUCUCCCUCAUCAAUCCUAAGCGCCUCAAGCUCGGCUACCACUACUUGAUAUCCCACGCACUGCAUUUCAUCCUGCUCCCCCUCCUCGCGGCCUCAGCCGCUAGCCUCACCGGACUUACUUCCGCCGAGCUCCUCCAGAUUAGGGAUGCCCUCCGCCUCCACCUCGUGCCCGUCGUCACCUGCUCCUUGGCCGCUGCCUUCCUCGCGGCUCUCUACCUCAUGAAACAGCCGCGUCCGGUCUACCUCCUCGACUUCGCGUGCUUCAAGCCGGCGGCGGAGCUCAAGUGCACCCGAGAAUUCUUCGUGGAGCACUCCAUGAGCACCGGUAUCUUCACCGCCGACAACCUGGCGUUCCAGAAGCGGAUCCUGGAGCGGUCCGGGCUGGGGCAGUCGACCUACUUCCCCGAGGCUAUGCACAAGAAGGCUCCCAAGCCGUGCAUGGCGGAGGCGAGGGAGGAGGCGGAGAUGGUCAUGUUCGGCGCCGUCGACGAGCUGCUGGAGAAGACCGGCGUGAAUGCCAAGGACAUCGACAUACUAAUCGUCAACUGCAGCCUCUUCAACCCCACCCCCUCCCUCUCCGCCAUGAUCAUCGACCACUACAAGCUCCGGGCGAACAUUCAAAGCUUCAACCUCGGCGGGAUGGGCUGCAGCGCCUGCCUCAUCUCCGUCGACCUCGCCAAGCAACUCCUCCAGGUGCAUAGGAACGCGAACGCAUUGCUGGUUAUCACCGAGAACAUCACGCUCAACUGGUACUUCGGGAACGACCGGUCGAUGCUGGUGCCCAACUGCCUCUUCCGGGUGGGCUGCGCCGCCGUGAUGCUGACCAACCGACGCUCCGCCCGGAGGCGGGCCAAGUACCAGCUGAUCCACACGGUGCGCACCCACAAGGGCGCGGACGACCGCAGCUACGGGUGCGCGUCCCAGGAGGAGGACGGCGAGGGUAAGGUAGGGGUGUCGCUUUCCAAGGACCUGAUGUCCGUCGCCGGCGAGGCGCUGAAAACCAACAUCUCCACGCUGGGCCCUCUGGUGCUGCCGCUCUCCGAGCAGUUGCUCUUCUUCUUGACUCUAGCGUCGCGGAGAGUGUUCGGGUGGCGGAGCGUCCAGCCGUACAUCCCCGACUUCAAGCUGGCUUUCGAGCACUUCUGCGUGCACGCCGGCGGGAGGGCGGUGCUCGACGAGGUGGAGAAGAGGUUGGGGUUGGCGGAGGCGCAAAUGGAGGCGUCGCGGAUGACGUUAUACAGAUUUGGUAACACUUCUAGCAGCACGCCUUGGUAUGAGCUGGCGUACACGGAGGCGAAGGGGAGGAUGAGGAAGGGGGACCGGACAUGGCAGAUCGCGUUCGGUUCGGGGUUCAAGUGCAACAGCGCCGUGUGGCACUCGCUGCGCACCAUCGACCCGAAGGAGGAGAAGAAGAACCCAUGGGCCGACGAGAUUCAUGCUUUCCCGGUUCAAGUCCCUACAGUGGAAACCAUCCAUUAGAUUAGAGGAUGUUCAUUCUUCAAUUAAUAUCAAUAACUCUAAUAACUAAGUGAGGGUUG